UCACAUUCUUUUCUCUUUGACGCGCUCUCUCUCUCUCUGUCUCUCUCUUCAAUUAGCAAGUUUUUUCUCUCUUUCUUUACUUUCCCGAGAAACAAACAGAAAAUAUUGGUAAUUGGGUAUACUGAAUUGGUGAUGGUGGUGGUGGUUAUAUCCUUGGUUGGUAUUGAUUUGGAGUUGGUGACAUGCGUGCUUGCUUGAAUGUGUCAACAAUGUCAAAUGAAUGCAAGGAGAACCAUGAAAAUGAAAAUUCUAUUAAAUUAAAUGGCAAUGAUGCCGUUUGGCCAUGUAAAUUUUGUGGGGAAAAGAAAGAGAAAGAAUCAAUAAAGCAGGAUGGUUCAAGUCCUUAUGCAACACCAUUGAUAAGUCCAACUCGUUCACUGACCAGUAGUGAUAGCACUGUCUCAAGCUGCAGUGAUUUUUCUGUUGAUGCAUACCAAAAUGGCAGGGGUUAUCAAGAAGAAGUUGGCUCAGACAGUUGUAGAGAGGAUCUCAACUUUAGGCCAAAUGGGCACCACCAGAACUUGAGCUGUCCGAUUCAUGAAAAUGGAAUUCAUCGAUCCAACAUGGUGGCAAAAGACAACGCCAAGGAGAGCAGUAGUGUAAAUAACAGGGGCAGUGCAUCUAGAGAUGCAGAAAUUGUAGGAAAUGGUGAUAAUCAAGAAGCAAAAGAUAAUGUUUUUGGAAGUGCUAGUUUAGAUAUUAAUUUGGAAACUGAGACAGCUCACUCUUCAAAAGAUGAACUGGAUUUUUUCAUAUGGAUACCUCCAUAUGCAGAAGACAUUGAGGAUGACAUUGAGGAUAGUGUGGUCAAUUAUGACGACGACGACGAUGAUGAGUGUGGUGAUGGCACAAAGUGGGGAAAGCCUUGUAGUUUAAGCAGCUUUGGAGAAGAAGGCAGUGGGAGCUACAGGUUCAGAGCGGAAAAGCAAAAGGCAAUGGAAGAGGUGAUGAAUGGAAAGUUCAAGGCUCUUGUCUGUCAACUUCUUAGGUCUGUAGGGGUUUCCUUUUCUGGGGAAGAUGGUGACAGUUGGGUGGAUAUAGUUACUUCUUUAUCAUGGGAAGCUGCUUCAUUUGUGAAGCCUGAUGCUACUGAGGGCAAGGCAAUGGAUCCUGAUGGCUAUGUGAAGAUCAAGUGUGUUGCAACUGGUUCUCCUAGCCAAAGUCAAGUGAUCAGAGGCUUGGUCUUCAAAAAGCACGCUGCACACAAGCAUAUGCCAACCAAGUACAAGAACCCCAGAUUGUUGUUGAUCCGAGGUGCGCUAGGUCUUUCUUCAAGUGGGCUGUCAUCAUUCGAAUCAAUGCAGCAGGAACAAGAUAGUCUGAAGUCCAUCAUCGACAUGAUAGAAAUGUGCCAUCCAAAUGUGGUUUUAGUGGAGAAAACUGUUUCUCGCGAUAUCCAAGAGUCUAUUCUUGCAAAAGGAAUGACACUAGUCUUUGAUAUGAAACUCCAUCGUCUGGAGAGAGUUGCUCGUUGUACUGGUUCACCGAUCUUAUCAACGGAGAUCUUGGCGGGCCAAAAACUUAAACACUGUGAUUCCCUUUAUUUUGAAAAAUUUGUAGAGGAGCACACUGGCUCUGGUGAUGUUGGAAAGAGGCCCUGCAAAACAUUGAUGUUCAUCGAGGGCUGUCCUACACGCCUUGGUUGUACGAUUUUGCUGAAGGGAACUCACAGCAAUGAAUUGAAGAGGAUUAAAUGUGUGGUCCAGUGUGCAGUUGUUAUGGCAUAUCAUUUAAUCCUAGAGACUUCUUUCCUACUAGAUCAAGGAGCAAUGUUCUCUACCAUUCCUUUCAAUGGAGUGCCAAGUGUAUCACCAACUGAUCGACACUCCCCAUCAGCUCAAUCCGGUAAUUCAAAAUUUUCUUGUCUCGAGGAGCCUAAUGCAGAAACUAAUUCUUCGUGUACAAUUGACAUUCCCAUAUCCAAUGGAUUCCAUGAAGAAGGGUCCCACAACUUGAACUUGGCAUUAGAAGGAAAUUCUACAUUCUCUUAUGAGCCAUACAAUCCUGUUGUUCUUUCUGGGUUAUCAUCCCUUUCAGCCUCUCUAAAGAGAGUAAUUGGGGACAGUUUCCCUCUUUUGUCCUCUCAUUCUUGCCCCUCCAUGUCCACAUACUUAGAAUGUAAUGGAAGGGACUCCAAUGGUCAAAACCCAGCUUCCCUUCAUGUUUCAAUUUCUCCAGAGGCAUUUGAUCAUUGUGAUGUGGAAGUGAAGGGUAGCUCUGAUGAAGACAAAGCAUCUGAUCAUGAACAAUCCAAUUCGCCGUCUGCUUGUUGCGAAGCCCCUUCAGAGACACAAAAAUCUGGUGGAAAUGGUGAAGACCAAAUGCAAAGUAAGGAUAACAUCAGUACAGUGUUGGAUUCUGAGAGUAUUUUGGUUUUGAUGUCUAUCCGGAAUGCCUCAAGAGGGACUAUUUGUGAGCAAAGUCAUCUUUCUCAUAUCAAGUUCUACCGGAACUUUGAUGUUCCCCUUGGAAAGUUUUUGCAGGAUAAUUUACUCAAUCAGAGGCUUCAGUGCAAGACAUGCAAUGAGCCACCAAACGCUCAUUUUUACUACUAUGCACAUCACAAUAAGCAGCUCACAAUCCAAGUUAGAAGCUUGCCUAAUAUGUGGCAUUUGCCUGGUGAAACUGAAGGGAAACUUUGGAUGUGGAGUCGCUGUGGUAAAUGUAAAUCUCACAAUGGGAACUCAAAAUCUACUAAAAGAGUGUUGGUAUCCACUGCUGCCCGUGGUUUGUCAUUUGGAAAGUUUUUGGAUCUCAGCUUUUCAAACCACUCUUCAUUUAGUAGACCAUCUAGCUGUGGGCAUUCUUUGCACAGGGACUUCCUUUGCUUCUUUGGAUUAGGCCCCAUGGUUGCAAUGUUGAGAUACUCUCAAGUUGAAACCUAUUCUGUGUCUUUACCACCUCAGAAACUGGAGUUCAGUAAUUUAAUCAAACGAGAGUUGCUUAAGAGGGAAAUUGAAAAUGUUUACAUGAAAGGAAUACAUUUGUUCGAGGAGGUUGCAAAAUCUUUGCAAGAGAUUUCCUCUCGAUUUUCAGGUUCAAGCCUGAACCUUGGUGGAACAAUAAAGGAGUUCUCUGAUAUUGAAGAGAUGUUAAAGCAGGAAAGGAGUCAAUUUGAGAUGAACAUUCAGAAUGCUGUUGUCAAGAGUGGGAAUCCAGAUGAGGGCACGUACAAACUUCUUAGUUUGAACCGAUUUCUGUGUGAUCUUCAGCUUGAAUCAUGCAUCUGGGAUCAACGUUUACAUUCACUGCUCUCUUCAGACUCUAGAGUGAUCAACAAUAGAACCACUGGCAAAGCAAUGCAGAAGCAAACUUAUUUGGAGGAUGGCACUGGUGCUGGGGAAACUAACAAGGAAGUAAAUUCAUUUGGGAAUGGCGAUAAAAUUUCUGACAAUGGUGUUGAUAUGAAAAUCAAGUCGGAACCAUCUUUAGAGUCCAAAGAAUUUCCAAUUCAAGAAAUUCCCAAUGAAGGAUCUAGAGAACGAGCCGAGCCAUUCACCUCAUCUAUUGUUGCUGAGGAUAUUGAGGGCUUAAAUGCAUCUGGCCAUGUCCCUAUCCAUUUUUGUAGUGGCGAUGAUAAUUGUGAGGAAGAGAAUCGUCCUUCGCUUGGUGAUUUGGAAGUGGAUAGAACCAUUCCGAUUACUGCAGAUCUUGGAGGUGGUGUUCAUGAUAUAAAUGUGUCUCAAAGAGAUUCGUCUUAUUUUCCAUUACUACCCAACUCGGAAAAUUUGAAGGGAUCAUCAGUCUGGACUUCAUUUUCAGAAAUUCGGCGGGAGUACUUGAAGGAUCUUCAGAGAGGUUACGUGCCAAAAUUGGAAUCUAUAUGUAGCUAUACUGUAGAGAGCUUCCCUAAUGCUCUUGGAUUGAUCACUGAGGAGGGCUCAAGGCUACAUAUACCUCUUGGUACUGAUGAAUAUAUUGUGUCAGACUAUGAGGAUGAAUUCUCAAGCAUUAUUGCUUGUGCUCUUACAUUGUUGAAUGAUGUACCUGCUCCAACAAAGGUUUUGAACGAUGAUGCUAGGAGAGAUAAAGUAACAAUGGCUAAAAUGUAUGAGAAGUCGCACCGCCUGACACGGAUAUCCUCUCUGAUUUCCCCGCAUUUCUCUUCGGUUGGCUCUUUGGAUUCAGAUGGAACCCAUUCUCCGCGAUCUUUAGAAGAAUCACACUUGUCAAGUUUUGAUGGGUUGAAUUUGUUGGACUCCUUGGUUUCUUUUGGGGAUCUUCACCCAGAAGUCUCUAUGGGGUUUGGAAAAUUACCUGGAAGGGGUAAAUAUUCUGUACUCUGUUUAUAUGCCAACCAAUUCCGUGAACUCAGAAACGGAUGUUGUCCAUCAGAGCUUGAUUACAUUGCUUCCCUGUGCCGUUGUAGAAACUGGGAUGCCAAAGGUGGGAAGAGUAAAUCGUUCUUUGCUAAAACUCUUGAUGACCGCUUCAUUAUAAAGGAAAUUAAGAAGACAGAAUUCGAGUCAUUCGCAAAGUUUGCUCCAGAUUAUUUUGGGUAUAUGAAUGAGUGCUAUGAGCAAGGGAACCAAACCUGCCUUGCGAAAAUUCUUGGGAUUUAUCAGAUAACUAUUAGACAGACAAAGAGUGGGAAAGAGAUAAAAUAUGACCUCAUGGUGAUGGAGAACCUUUCAUUUGGUCGAAACAUUACACGCCAGUACGAUCUUAAAGGUGCUUUGCAUGCUCGAUUCAAUUCUGCUGCUGAUGGUUCAGGAGAUGUUCUUUUGGACCAAAACUUCGUCAAUGACAUGAAUGCCUCUCCUUUAUAUGUUGGUACAAAAUCCAAGCGUCUUCUGCAACGUGCUGUGUGGAAUGACACGACGUUUCUCAAUUCAAUCAAUGUGAUGGAUUAUUCUCUACUGGUGGGAGUGGAUACUCAUCGGCGUGAACUUGUAUGCGGCAUUAUUGAUUAUCUGAGGCAAUAUACUUGGGACAAGCAACUUGAGACAUGGGUCAAGUCCUCGCUUGUUGUUCCUAAGAACCAGUUGCCAACCAUCAUAUCUCCGCGAGAGUACAAGAAGAGAUUUAGGAAGUUCAUUACCACCUACUUCUUGAGUGUCCCCGAUCAUUGGUGCUCACAGAGAUCUGCUAACCCUUGCAAACUGUGUGGAAUGGGCACGAGUCACGAUGAUGACUCUUCUCAUUCAAAAUCUCACGACCAAAAAGAGCAAAAUGGUUUUUCUAGGUGACUUUUGUUUCCACUAGUUCUCAGUAAAAUACUGUACAUAGUGAAAGUUCACAGCGCAUACCCCACUGAUUCAGCAAUUUUAGUGAAUUUCUGGGGAGAUAUAUCUAUAUAUUCCUAUAGGUUCUUCAGCUGUCCGUCUCGAGUCAUAUAUAUAUAUAUAUAUAUGUAUUUUAUUUUUGUAAAAUUUAUUGAGUAAUUGUAGAAAAUCGCGAUGGUCGGACAGUUUGUAUGAUUAUUUGGAAUCAAUGAAAAGAAAGUUGUUGUGGUAUGAACAAGCUUCAA